AACAGAUUAAGGAGAUCGGACAGUGAAAACUAUACUAAAUGGAUAUCUCUAAUCAUGAAUAAGGAGACAUACAUAUUUUAGUAAGGAAAAUCUGAGAUUAAACGAGGUUUUCAAGUGCCCCUACAUAAAUUCGCACGAAUAAGAUGUAUGGAUGUCGACACUUAAAAAGAAUAUUUAACAAAAGCAUGUGUACGCUCCUGAUAGCUGUGUUCAGUACAGCAAUCAUAUCUUUGCACCUACAAUAUGUAUCAAGCAAGGACCAGAAAUGUAAUACGGGUGAACCAGAAACAACGAUAACAAGUGUUAGAAUAAAAUACUACGAUGUUUUGAUCAGCGGCUACAUGAGAAGCGGUAGUACACUGAUGGGUACUAUUCUAGGUUGGAGAAAUGACUCGUUCUAUCUAUAUGAGCCAUUGUUGAAGAUCUUUGUAUGGACGUACUGGCAUGGAAACGACACUGUCUGUCGCUCUGAUCGUCUAGACUGCAGAAAGGUAGACCCUGGGAAGGCUGUUGAUGACAAAUUCCUUUCUAUCAAGCAAGAAAAUGUGUCCGCUGGUUCGCUCGUUAUGGUAAUGAAGAUAUUAAGAAACAUAUUUGAUUGUCAGUUUAACGAUUUUGAACGGACUGUUUUUCACCCCAUAACUGCUAAAAAUGGAGGUCCCAGCUGGAGUCAGACGCAUUCUUGCAUAAAAGACAAGAGGAGUUCUACAUUAUGUCUACAUAAGUAUAUUCCCCGAAAAUGUCAGAACGCUACACACCGUGUAACUAAAGUACUGAGGCUGUCAACCGAUCUGCUGGCAGAUAUACUCCUUGAACGUGAAAACCUUAAGGUCAUUCAUCUGUUCAGAGAUCCUAGGGCAAUCAUCAAUUCAAGAAUUGAGACGAGAUGGUUUCCAUUACAAACAGAAAAGCAAAUUAUUGAGCACGCCAAAUCUCUGUGCAAUAAAAUGCUAUAUGACUUCGAAGAGGGUCAAAAGUUACUAAAUCAUUUCCCUGAUAGAUUUAAGGUCGUUUACUAUGAAGAUUUAAGCGAAAAUACAUUCAAUAAAUCAAAAGAAUUAUUCAAAUAUUUGGGUAUGGAUUUAGAUGAACAUAAAUUUCCGACAGUGAGGCUCUUAACUGCAUUUAGCGAUUCGAAGAAUCGAACAGAACGUGAGAAAAAUACAGCAUUCUGGUGGAGAAAAUCUUUAAAUUGGGACAUUCUGCAGAAAAUAGAUAUUAUAUGUGAAGGUGUCUAUAGAGCACUUGGAUAUAAAUGUUUGAAAAACGUAGAAGAAUAUCAAAAUAUGUCACUUUCAACUGUUGAUAUACCAAAAGAGUACUUAAUUGCAUAGGUUUAAGAACAUUUAUCCUAAGUGAUAAUUAGUGUGUACAUUAUCCAUGAAAAUAAGAUUGCUACAAUAAAUAUUACUUUUUAUAUUAUCAUCAAUAUCAUUAAUACUGCCUUGCAUGGAGGUAGAUACAGUUUCAUAUUGACUGAAGGGCAACAUUUGUGGUAUAAUAUUUGCUUAAGAAAAGAAAAAUCAAUUCAUAACAUUUGAGGCGAUUAAUCAUUUUGUCUACUACAGUGCUUGGAUCUUAAAUACCAUAUGAUUUCAUUACUCUUUUUUACAAAUUUAACUAAUAAUAUCAUAAAAGAAAACUGAUAGCUUUAAUUGAUAACACAUUUGCAAGAAAAAACUUUAAUUAUCUGGCAUGUAAUGCAAGUAGGACAUUUUUUUUCAGUAACAGUAAAUUUAACAAAUACAUUCUAUUGAGUUUUGAUCAGGUUUGCGAAGCGCUAAGGUUUUUGUUACUACAUAACAUAUUUAUCAAGUUUUAAAUAUGGACAACCUAUAUUUUUCGGAAAUAGUGAAACACAUUUAUCGAAAACAAGUACAGCUUAAACAAGACUAAUACCUUCUAUUAAGAAGUGUCAGUUUGGACUUAAAUUUAACAAUUUUGAAUAGUGAUCUAAAACAAAAUAUAUAUGAUAAAAGAGACUAUUUCAUUUUUAAUAUUGUCAACAUUCCCUACCUUUACGGAGAUGUCCCUCAAGCGACAUCAUACGGUGUAUAUAUUCCGCAAAGUAUUCGUUUUGCAAGAGCUUGCUCAAAGUUAGAGCAUUUUACUGAUAGGAAUCGUGAUAUCACCAACAAAUAUUUCAACAGUGUUAAAUAAAAUGAAUCAAAGUUUUAAGAGACGGCCACAAUAAUAUCAGACUAAUCACCUAAGCCAUCUCUAUAUGCUGAAAGAGAAAGGCUACAAGUCAUGUAUAUGCAGAAAGUAAGAUGCAAAAUACAAUUUUUAUGGAAGUGUCUAGCUGUCCAGUAACCGGACAUGUAUCAUGCGUCUGGCCAUCAGGUAGCCACACGUAAAGCCUAUCCGCUUACGAUUUUUAGACGUACUGUAAUCAAUUUGUUAUUGAUAGUGUAAUGAAAGAUUUGAUUAUCAUCUUAUGUCUGCCUAACAUAGCAACAUUUACCUGAACAUAAAGACAAGGCUUUAUUUGGACCAAAAUGUCGAUAUAGUUUGUUCUUUCAAUAACAGUUAAAGCGGAGGUGUGACUAAUUUUAUAAUGGCGAAAGGAUUUGAAUGUAUAAAAUAAUAUCUGACAUGUUUCAUGAAGGAAUUGCUUUAGCAUACUGGCAUUACAUUUAUAAAUUUAUAAAUGGUACACUUAAUAUCUACUACAAAACAAUUGCUGUCUCGGUACAACAACACAACUGAAAUAUCUUUAACCUUUACCCUGCUAAAUUUCUAAAGUGAACUGUUCCAUCAUUUCAUUUGGGCAGUACCACUUAUUAUUCAAAGGAGUGUUAUAUGAAAAUUUACUGACUGAAUAGCGAACAGUACAGAACAUGAUCAGCCUGCACAUCCAUCUUUGUCUGCACUGGUCGAAAAGGCAGAAUCACUUACCGCCAGCAGGCUAAAAGUUAAAGAAUGACAGUAACAUUCUUCGCAGCAGCGUUUAUAACACAAACAUUGAUUACAUUAAAGAAAGCAACGUAAUGCCUAAAUAAUAGUAAAACAUUUUUCAGUCUUAAAUAAGUUAUGUACUGGACAGCUAAAACACCACCCAUACAGAGCAGGCUACGUUCGGUUACCUGACGGCUAGACACUUCCAAUUUCUAUUUACAGUCAUUUGCUAUCAUUUCAAUAUUAGCUAUGAAAAGCUAUAUGAAUAAUUAGUGGCCAACUCAAACGAAUAUUUAAAAAACAUAGGAACAGGAAAGAUAUACAUUCUAAAAUACCUAUAUUUCCUAUAUUUUUCUUACGAUUUCUUGACUCUGUUUCUGAAAUGUCUUCAAAUGCAGCUAUAAGCAAGAUGAGGAGCAUAAUUGUCAUAGGAUCAGGUCACCAGAAUUUGAUUUUUUUUCUAUUUUUCCUCGCUACGCACAUGUUCACUUCUGUUUAUUUGUUAAAGGUUAUUUCGUAUGGUAUACCUUUUUAGUUGGCCUUCGCUAAAUGCUUAAAGUGCAUGAGGCAGAACAGCCGAGUCUGCAAGCGUCGGAUUUAUGGGUUUGUAAAGAUAACGAUUCAACAUUAAGUUUUACUUAGUUAUUUUGCUAUACUACAGUCCAAACUUAUUAGAGUUGUUAUUUUCCUUUAUUAUGUAUUAUUCCAUUUAUAAGCAAAAUUCCUUAAGCAACCAUAAAAAUGCAAACACACCGUUAUUUUCGUAUGUUUUCGCGUCUCUUACGGAAAUGAACGAAAACAAAGGUGCUCAUUGAGGCGCCAAGGAUUGUCUUCAAACUGACAUGCAGUAAUGACAUAAGUACGGGAGAGACUUUUUUCAAGAGAGAUUUUACCUGUCACAAAACUUCAAAAGCACAUAAAGUGCGGUAAUGGGAUCUAAAUAACACUUUCCAUUUUAUUCCUACCAAAAUGUCAAAACUACAUCCACAGUAUAUUUUAAACGAAAGCUAGCGUUAACGUAAACUACGCUAAAUGAGUGUUCUUUAACCUGUCUGCCAUUACGCAAUCAUCCGUGUUAGAACUUAUUCAAAAUGCACAAUAAUUCUUUUCUACAGUUUUGAUAAAAUAUAUGAGAGUGACAUAACAGUCGCGUUGUUAAGCUUUUUUUUUAAAUUUAAUUUCAAACAUCUCUUUAAACUUUAUGACUGAACAAGUUCUGAACGAUAUAUUUGCCACUAAACGUUUUAAUUUUUUGGUUAACAAUCUGAAGUGUUUCCAGAAUUUCAAAUCUCGCGCUCAGUAUAAUAUUCUUAGACAAGUAAAAUAUUCAUCAUAAACGUCUCAUCUCUUCAUAUUAAAAUAAAUAUAAUGUACAUCGGUUUUUAAUUCAGCAGUCCUGUAUCAAAGUAUGAAAAUAGAAAACUAACUGUAAAUCUGGAUUUAAAAUUAUCCAAAUCUCAUAGAUUAUCCUAACUGAAAUAUAAUAAAACAUAUCAAUAUAAUUUACAUUAUUUCAUAUUAGAGUUGCCGAAUAUUUGAAAAUAAUUAUGUAACAGUGUAUACAUGUCUCAUCUGUGGUAAAUGAAAGAAAUGGUACUAGCUUAUUGUUUGAUUGAAUGUUUGAAGAUCGAACAUACAGACAUACUCGAUUUCAUUCCUAACAAAUGACCACUUUGUUUUCAGAAUGAUUGGUUUUGCACGAGAGCAUGUCUGUUCGUGCACAUGAACAGGCCUGGCUAGAGUAACAGAAAAACGGUAGACAUGCAAAGAUAGACCUUCCCGCGAGAUGUUUAUCGUUCUCACAGUUUUUUUUUUUCAAAAUAUAUAGACCCUAGGCAAACCGGCUUUAAUAUUCCUUAAUUAAUAUUCCUUAAAUGCACAGUAUUUACGUGACAAUAAAAUUCUACAAAUGACAUCUGUUAUUUAUGAAUACGGAAUAAAAUAUUGAAAGGAGGCUCCAUUAAAAAGCAGAAUUAUCAGUUCAUCAAGGAUAUCUUUCAAGCUGAAGUUGCCACAUUAUGAAACUUAAAUUAGGAAUUUUCGUUUCUAUAAACUAUUUAAAAAUGUCAUAUAUAGAAAAAAGAUGGUCGCGCCGGGAAUCGAACCCUGACCGCCGCGGCAAUAAAGAAGUUUUUCGCUGUCGUUACCAAUAACGCAAUGAAGGGUUUAGUGUUUAAUGCGCGUGUAAUAUACAAAUUUCAUCGUAAAAAAUAGUUAAAACAUCCAAUUCUCAUGUGUUUCCGCAACAUUAUAGUCUGUCAGUAUACGUAGCAUAUACACCAUUCAUUUCCAUAUAUCUAAAAAAAUAUUAUAUAUUUUUUUUUGUUCUGGUCGGACGAUCUGGAGGCCAGUGCCAUUUUUAAGUAUUCGUUUAAAAAUUGCGUUAUUUUUAAAUUUUAUGUUAGCCCUUAGAUUGCAUAUAGUUACAUUAAAAAUAAAAUAAUUUAAUUGUGUCAAAUGUUUAAUCACCCUUUAAAUUUCAUUGUAUAUUACAAUAUUGUCUGGGGAUAAGAAAUAUCCGGUCAGUGUUGUUUCAAGCCGGGUCAUAAAAAUUUGUUACCCCACUUACUACAAGUGAUAGGUACUUUUAUGGUUUUAUGGUUUUUGCGUUGUAAUAUACAUAUCACUUUCCUUCUUCUGUCUUUAUAUCGUCUUUUUUCUUUCUCUCAGGGAUUUAGUUUGUAUGAUUUUUACACUCAUGUCAUAAAUAUUAUGACAGACGGAGGAAUCAGUACAAACUAUUACCCAGCCUUAGAAUUAACAGUAAUAAGUUGUCGUAAUAGACAUGUUAAUAGAGUUGCAUAUACUGAGUGAAUAUCGAACAGUAAAGGUCUGGCCCAAAUUUCACGAAAAAACUUAAGGUAUCAUUAUUUUUACUGGGGUAGGGGAAGCGCAAUGGUAAAUAGAUCGAAAUCUUAAACGGUGACACCACCCCCAACCCCACCCCCCCCCACCCCCAAUUUUCUCCUUUUUCAUUUUUGGAAUCGAUAGUGAAUGGAAUUAUGUACGCUUUUUCAAAAUUGUUCAAAAACUAUCGGGCAGUUUCAAUAAAUACAGGCGUCUUUACGCAAAAUUUUGGAUGAAACUCGACGUCAGUUUUACGUGUUUUGCAUUCAAAAUCGUUUGCCUCCAAUGUGACGUCUAAUUAAACUUGACAAAUUAUAUAUCAUUGGAGAGAUAAUUUUAACACAACCAAUUUUUGCCGUAUAUUUUUGUUGUAUAUAGAAACGCUACUUAGAAAUCCUGUUAAGUACAUCAUUUUGCGCCCUGCUGAAAAAAAGACGUUUGUGGUCAUAUUUGAAGAUUUUACAGCUGCAAAAUGAAAAAAAUUAAAGAGAAUUGAAAAUAAUACCAGUCAGUAAGAAAUAUCGUCAACUUUAAUUUGUAAAAAUGUCGUAAUGGUCCGUUGAAAAUCGAUCGGUGGCGCAUAUUUAAAAUAACAGACUAAGCUGAGUAAUUACUUAUUUUUUGUACAUGUAUGGUCCUGAAAGUAAAUGUUUGUUUUAGAUGUAUAAUAUAUAACGCUUUUUAAAUAUGUUAGAUACCGUAUUCAUAUUACUAAAUAUUACUUUUAUUUGAAAAUAAAUAAAGUAUUAUAUACAUAUUCGACUUGUUCCGCAUUUCUCUUUAAUAUUAAUUUAAACUUCAUUCAAGUACAUCGUUUAGUAAACCG